AUGUCCAUUCAUACAUCUGACUUGUUCAUUUGUAGCUGUGUUCCUGAUUUUGCCUUUGCCCAUACAUCAUUGUGCUGUGUCCCCUCCUUUUCCCUUUGUCCACCUACACACCUCACUCCACUCUUUUUAAUGCCUGUCCUGUCCAUGCUACUGUGA